CACGACAUAUGUUUAGGGCAUUGACGUCAACUUGAGACCACAAUAACACGGAUGAUAUUACGCGGUGGACAUUUACAUGAGGGAAUAUUCAGUGUUUUACAGCAGGUUAGCGAAAAUAACGUCUCAAUACUGAUCGUAAAAUAACUGAAUAAAUCCAAACUAACAGGAACGAAGACCUUGUUGAAGCAGGAAAUGAUUUCACAUCCGUCAUGUGAACUUAAUGGCACAGAGCUUCAUUAGCUACAUCAUCGCUUCGUCACCUUCUGGGGACUUCUGUUUCGUUUCGCCUUGAAAGAUAAGACUGAAAGGCAGCUGCUGUUGUUCUGUUGACAGAGUCUCAUCAUGUUCAGUUUCCUUGGUCUCCGCAAAGACUCGAAGAAACCCACAUCGGACAAGGACACAGAUGGAGGCUUUGUUUUCAUCGGAGAGACGGUUGAGGAGCAGAGGAGGAAGAUGCAGACCAUGAACAUUGCACAACCGACAACUAAUGUGAUAGUGCAGCCAUCAAAGCCGUCUUAUCCAGCUGUACCUGGCAACAGAGAGCUUCACACACAGAUACCCUGCACGGGGCCGGCAGCGGGGCCCUCAGCAGUCGCAGACGCUGCCUCCUCUCUCCCGGACGUCCUCGGGGACAUCCCCUUCACUUUGGCUCCUCAUGUCCUCACCAUGCAAGCAGGAUUCUCCCUCAUCCCGGAUGUGCUGCUGUCCCGGGACAUUAACUACAACCUGGCUAAUUUUCAGUAUGACUUCACUUUGGAGAACUCGGUGCUCCAUAAUGCCUAGUUUCUUCUUGUUUUAUGUUAAUAUCAGCAUGUGUUUACACUGUAACACAUACUUAGCAGCUUGUUGGUAAAUGAGAGAAGUUCCAGCUCUACAGCAGAGAAUAACUGAACUGCAAGUGUCAUUGUGUAGGAUUCUCUGAUUAACUCCCGAUUAUUGUAGUUUAAUUUCAAACUUGACCCAUGGAAAUUAGAUGAUAUUGAAAAGGAAUAGAGGCAGGGAAAUCUCACUGUGUCGAAACCAAAUGACGAGUUGUAACUUAAUGGCUUUGCUGGGAACAGAGUGGACCUUUGUUUGAACUGUUCCUUGUGUGAACACUACACUUUGUAAAUAAUGACAUUGUUUAAAUGCCCGACAGGAUAAAUAUGGUUUACCACAACAUUGCACUCACAGUGAGAUUACGCCAAAACAACCCAAACAUACCUGAAUUGUUAAUGUUAAUCUUUCGCAUCCCAUAAAUACUGUAAAUAUGACGGGUCAAAGUUGAACUAAGACACAGGUCAAUACUUUUGUAUAGGUCUUUUACUCUAGGUAAUAAUGCUGUCAUUGACUAACCUGAUAACCUUCUUCGCACCCUAUGUGCUCGUCCGUUUUCCUAUUCGAGUUCUGCUACCCCCAUCUGAAUCUAAGAAAUUCAGAAAAAAGUAGAAUUAUUUUAGCUAAAUUCAAAUUUCUCUCUCAAUUAUACAGUAAAAUAUGACUUUAUGUAUGGACAGCAUAUCUCCCCUCCUCCCCACUUUAACAAAAUGAAGAGCUGUAGUUGUGAGGCCACAACACAGUAUAAGGUUGCUUUGUAAUUGGUUGUUGACGCAGUGUAUGUGAAUUUCCGUUUUUUCGUAAAUAUUCUUUCUAGCUGACAUUAUAAUCACCUAGCAGUUUACCACUGAACAACCUCACCAGACAAGAUGAAGGCAAAAGUCCCUUUUUCUAUGGCAGACAUUUUGUCAGAUCACACAAUAGGAAAAGCAAAGGUGUAAAUAGUUGAAUUAAUGUUUCUGAGCUUCAUUUAGCUUCCUCUGUGUCAUCACGGCUGAUGUUUACGGUUGUUGAGCUGAAGAGAGCCAUCAUUGGUAUGCCGCUUUUCUCCUGAAAUGUGACAAAAUGUCUGCUUUAUAAGGGUUCAUAUGCGCCGACAUGUUGCACUGAUUUGGCGUGAGCAGGUACACUCACAAAUAUAUGAAAAUCAUACUUGCACUUUUACUUCUUUUCAUUUCAUUUCAUCACGUCUAUCUGCCUUCAUGAAUGGGACAGAGUCCCAUGCCAUAGCCAGCCACCUUUGCUACAUAGCACUCAUAACGUUGAUUUAUUUUGUAGCCACCACAUCAACAAUAUAAUAAAAUUUGUUACAUGAUUAUUGUUUUUUUUUUUUGGGAAGGGUUAAAUUCGUAUUUCGCGUUACAGCCGCAUGAGUAGAGCUCUGGUUCUCAGUUCCGCCAAACUUUCAGUCACGUUGGCAUCAGACACAUCUGUACAGUCGGACUACUUAAAAGCAGAAUUUGGUCUCGUAAACAGUCAUGACAUCAGUGUGUGUGUGGAAGCCAGAUCCAGUUGACAUUUUAAAACGUUUUUUUCCACAGCUCAUUUAAUAAAUUCAAACUCCUUUUGCACACCAGUAAACUGAAAUGAUCCCUUAAAGAAAGGUUGAUAUUUUAUGGCCAACAGAUCUAUGGUUCCCGUGCUCGUGAAAUAUUUAUUGUAUAUAUUAUUAUUAUGUUUUCAUUUCAAAAGCUAUGAGGGAGGGGGGAAAAAAGCCCACUUGAUUAGAGCUUAUUUAAAGAUGUGGCACCUGGAUGGUGAAGCAAUAACCACUGGGACAUUGAACCUUCAGUAGAAUCACUGUGUCAAAAGUUUGAAUUUGCGUCAGGUCUUGUGACUCAGUUGUUUAUAUUUGAACUGCGGCAUGUGGAAGUGGUCAGAAUAAUGAAAUGAAACUGUACUAAACAUGUUAUUGCCAUAGUUAAAUCGGAUGCAAUUAUAUGCAGUAGCAAUGUGGCUUGCAACUAUUAACAUUUUAAACAUUUUUACAACUGUUAAUCGCUGUUAUUUCAUGAUUAAUUCAUUGCUUUAUUUACACUUUCUGUAAUUGCUUUGAGUCUUUGCAUUACUGAGUUUAUGGAGCCAUUAUGAUUUGAUGAAUGAAGCCAAAUGUUCAUAAAUGUGUCGUUAGUUCUGCCUUGUAUAUCGCAGAGGUUAAACCAUACAUCAACUCAAGCAACUGAAUGUUGUGGACAGCGUGAGAUCUGUCCUCAAAAUCCUUGCAAAAUAAGGACAAUUAAAUUCGGAUCAACUUUGCACAUAAAAGACGCCGGGUCAUGGUAAAGCACACUUGUAAAAAUGUGUCUUUAAAAGGUGAUUUAAAAGAUGCCAGACAUGAUUCCUGUAAAGAUUUUGCUUUGAGUGUUGUUUUCAUAUAUAUGUUGACUUUACUUUCUUGGUUUGAAUUCUGUUCUUAGCAUAGUACAUGGAGUUGGUUGGACUGAUAUCUUUACAGUGUGUUUUUGUUUUUUUGUUUUGUUUUUUGCUCGAGAAGAGAACAUACACGUUGAGCCAUCUGUGGAGUCAUGAGUUUUCCCCAGGAUUACUUGUAAUGGAGCUUUUGUACAGCAGCCAUUUUGACUGGUCACAGCAGGAAAAUCACACGUGUAAAUGGCCCAAAAUGAGUCAUUAGCUUCCUACGUUUCUGGGCGCAUGCUGUGUUCCCUGUCAACACUGUCCUGACUUGUGUGGACUCAACAGAACCAUGACGAUUAUGGGUCCAUCCUUUCACUUUGCCUGUUUAGCCGCUUCUGAAAUAGCACCACGUGUCAGUCAGGCCUGCAAAAUGUGUCAAAAUGGCUGCUGUGCAAAGGAGGUUCAUUGUACCUCUGAUUCUUUGUACCUGAUCACACUUGGUCUCUUAAAAAAAAACCUAACUGUGCCUUGAACAUGCAGUCCAUGUACUGUACCUGUGUAAAUGCACCUGUCCAUUUCACUUGUUGUUCAUUACCCAUUUUUCAAGAACCUCCCUAUCGAUGCUGGUUGUGACUGUGUAUGGCAUUACAUUGAAUUGUUGUACUUAUUUAGAAUUGUUGGAUCAGAAUAACAGUACAAUUCCCAAUUCAUAUCUGUACAGACUCGUACACACAAAGCGUGUUUUUUUACUCGAGUUAGAAAUUAUGGAUGUCAUUAAAAAAAAGUUGAAUUAA